GUCACCACAAGAAAAUCGAUCGUUUAAAAGUAGAGUCGUUAGUUAUCGUUCGAUUUGCAAUCACUAAUUUAUACAAACAUUAUUGUUUAUUUCAAGGCGCAAUAAACAUAAAACAUUAUUAAUUAAUUUCCAUAACAAAUCAAUAUGAACGCUCAAUUAAACGCUGAAUUGGAUAAUGCACUUCAAUGUUUGCUAGAAACCUAUCAUUUGGCUCUAGAAUUUGGUGACGAAGAAUGGCAAAAUCCUCGUACUUAUUUGGAAAUGGCUUGUAAAUUGUUAACAACAAAAGAAAAUGCCAAACGUAUGGAUGACGCCAUUGAAGUAGCCAAAGAGCAGGCUACCGUCGAAGAUUUCGAAAAAGAAUAUCAUAAUCAGUUGCAUGUGCGCCUGUCCAAAAAGUACGAUCCAAAGAAAAGUUCCGAUUUUAAGAAUUUCAAGCAGCAAUUGCUGCAAAUUGCCCAGGCAAUGGAACAAGAUGGUGAGGCAGCCGCCGGCAGUAAUGCGACACGCAUCGAAAGUGAUGAUUUUGUAAUGGAAAGUGAGAUAAAUGUAUAUGAUCCUCUAACUAAACAGCGUAUGCAAAAUCCGGUACGUAAUACCCUGUGCAAUCAUCAUUAUGAGAGAUCUUCGAUUUUGGAAGCCAUACAAAUCAAUAAACGUCUAAGAUGUCCCGUAGCGGGAUGUUCCAAUAAUGUUUAUGUCAUACAGAAGCAUUUGGUCGAUGAUAAUGUAUUUAAAAUACGUUUGCAAAAAAUGCAGGAAGCAGAAGCUGAUGAUGAAUAAUACAGUUUUUUUUUUACUUUACUAGGCCUACAUUUUCGUUUUAUUAUUUAUAUUUUUAACUGUUACACAUACAUAUUUUAUAUUCUUAUGAAAUAAACACCAUGAAUUGUUA